AUGGAUAGUAUAGCUUUAUGGAUAGAAGACAGCGAUGAUGACACUAAUCGCGAGAGAGUUCAAAGGAUAUUGCUAAAAGACAAAUUAGAUAUAAUGAAUCUAAAUGACAAGAGUUUCGUAAAACAUUUUCGUCUAAAUAAGCCAGCAUUUUUAUAUGUUCUUCAACAUAUUAGAGGUGAAUUGUUGGAAGGAUCAACAUCUGCUCACACACCAUUACUCAAGCUUGCCACCACUUUAAGAUUCCUGGCACUAAGUGACCAACAUCAAAUAGGCCAAUAUCAACACUUGAGAAUUUAUCAACAAUCAAUGUUCAGUUGUGUCACACAAGUUUGUAAUGCCAUUGAGAAGUUAGUCUGUCGCAAGCAUAUUAUAUUUAAAUCGUCCGAAGAAAAUCAAAAGGAGAUUAAGCGAUAUUUUUAUAAUAACUAUGGAAUACCGGGAGUAGCUGGCGUAGUUGAUGGUAUACAUAUACGAAUAAAGGAACCAAGUGAAAAUCAAUUUAUAUUUUUCAAUAGAAGAUCACAAUGCUGUUUGAAUGUAAUGAUGAUAUGCGAUCAUCAAAUGUUUAUACGUUUUAUCCAUGCAAAAGAUGGUGCUACUUGGUGUGAUUCAAAUAUUUGGAUUAUGUCAGCCAUAAGAGACUAUUUAGUGAACGUAUACCAAAAAGGCGACAGAUGUACAAGAAUAUUGGGGGACUGUAGAUAUCCAUUGGAACCUUGGCUCCUUACGCCAUAUCGAGGUGCCCGUCCUAAUUCUACAGAAUUCAAAUUUAAUGAGCAACAUGCCAAAGCAAGAUCAGUCAUUGAUAAAACAUUUGAUUUGCUAAAAUCAAGAUUUCGUUGUCUCACAGUUGAGUUGCCUUUUGAACCUGUCACAUGUGUUACUGUUAUCAAUGUAUGUGUUGCUUUGCAUAACAUUUGUUUGAAAUUUAAUGUAGAUCAGUUUCCCAUCGAAAGCAACAACGUAGAGCCAGGAUGCAAAAAUAUUAGAAAUAUUGGUAAAAAUAUAAGAAACGAUAUAAAGGAUAAUAUGCCAAAAAUUAAGAAGUUAAGGAAAUAA